AUGCAUUUGAUGAAGUUGACCUUGGCCUCGCUGGCCGCUUCCCCUGUCCUGGCCGAGACGUUGUACAGUGUUGUCGUCUUCACUCGACAUGGCGACAGAACGGCCAAAUUCUUCAAAGGUUACGGCAUGACCAAUCUGGGUGCUACCCAGAUGUACGAGUCCGGUCAGUACUAUCGCGAACGAUACGUGGAACAAGGGGCCUCUAACAAGGUCCUCAAUAUCUCUUCCGACAAAGCAGUCGCCAGCCAAAUAUGGGCGUCUGCUCCUGACCAGGGGAUUCUGUAUCAAACUGCGACCGACUUCCUGCAAGGUCUUUAUCCUCCUCUCGAUGAGCUCAACACUCAGCUUAGUACGGAGACCUUGACCAAUGGCACUGAAGUCAUGUCUCCGCUGAAUGGCUACCAGUUCAUCCUGGUCCAUGGCGAGGAUACCACAACUCCAGACACAAUUUGGAUCAAGGGUGAUGAUCAAUGCCCAACCUACAAUACAGCAUAUGACAGUUACCACGACAGCGCCGAGUACAAAGAUACCUUGAAUGCUACGGCGUCCUUCUACGAGAAGUUUCUCCCAUUGCUCGGAGACAUCAUGGGGCCAGAGAAUGUCUCAUACGAGAAUGCCUAUGAUGUGUUUGACCUUUUGAAUGUUGGCUCAAUCCAUAACGAGUCAGUUGCCGAGAACCUUGAUGCUGCUGACCUUGACCAACUGCGAUAUCUCGCCGACCACUGGGAAUGGAAUCACAACUAUAACCAAACGAUGCCUGAUCGAUCCAUUGGUGGCAUGACCCUUGCCGGUGGAGCGCUCCGCCAAAUCCAAGACAUUGUUGAGGGCAAGGCUAAGCUUAAGUUUAGCCUCAUGGCUGGAAGUUAUGAUACCCAGAUGGCAUUUUAUGGCUUGACCAAUCUCACCGACGCAAGCCCCGACUUCUUCGGCCUUCCAAACUAUGCUGGUAGCAUGGCAUUCGAGAUUUUCAGUGAGGAGGACAAUGCAGCGGCCUUCCCAGCCAACCCAGACCAAGACCUUCGAGUUAGAUUCCUGUUCAAGAACGGAACCGCAGACGACGAACUGACUGCUUUCCCUCUGUUUGGCGGAUCUGAACUCAGCUUGCCUUAUGGUGACUUUAUCUCAGAGCUUUCAUCACGCAGCAUCGCUGAGGUCAGUGAUUGGUGCACUCUAUGCCAAUCUGAUGCAGGUUUCUGCUAUGAAACCCUGCAUGGAUCAGACAGCUCGACCUCAGGCUCCGGAUCUCCAAGUGUCAGCGCCUCGAGCGGCGGCUCCGGAUUGUCCAACGCCGCUGCUGGUGGUAUCGGCGCUGGAGUCACUCUUACCGUUGUCGGAACCAUCGGAGCUCUGGCAUGGUUGCUCACACGCCGGAAGAGAACUGCUAAAGUCUCCCCGGCUACUGCUACCCCCGCGAGGCCGCUAACCGAGAAGAGAUCGUACUCGAGUGCGAGCGAUGUUUCUGUGUAA